ACUCCAUCAUCAAUCAUGUCCACCACAAACGUCAACGGCACCCCAUCCGCCUCGCCCGCUCCCUUGUCCCAGCCAUCUCAGCCUCAGCCGCCCUCCCAUCCCGCGUCCUCUCCUGCUGUUGCCGCCCCUCCCCCGCCAUCCCAGCCACUGCCCCAGACCCCGAACCCGAACGCGAUCCCAAAUCACAGUCUCCAAUCCAACGCGAACGCGAACGCGAACGCGAGUGGGAGUGCGAUUUCCAGUGCAGUUCAAGACAAGGGGAAGAAGGAGAAGGACGAGGAUGGGCCGCAGGCCGACAUGUUUGCUGCGCGCCGCGAGGAGGAGAAUGCGCGCCGGGACCGCUCCCUCGCCGAGUUCCUCGUCAUGCUUGACGGAUACAAGCCCUUGAUUCCUGAGGAGGUUACCGAGUACUAUCUUCAGCGUGCUGGCUUUGAGUGCCAGGACCCGAGGCUAAAGCGCCUCCUCUCCCUCUCCGCGCAGAAGUUCAUUUCUGACCUGUCGCGCGACGCCUUCCACUUUGCCAAGCUGCGCGUCAGCAACACGGCUGCAGGCCGCGGCCGCCCCUCGGCCGGCGCGGACCGCAACCGCGUUGUCCUGACGAUGGACGACCUCUCCCUCGCGCUCGGCGAGCACGGCGUGAAUGUCAAGAAGCCUGAUUAUUACCUCUAAUUCUCGUCCUCUCCCCUCCCUCCUGUAUGUAUCAUAUGCAUGGCUACAUGUACAAUUACAAUUAUGCCUUUGGCGACGGCUGUACGGCAGAGAUAGACGAUAUGGAUCCGAUACUACGCC